AUGCUAAAAACUGUAAUAUCGAAGCUGGAGAAAGAGGCGACAGGAACUAAUGCCGAAGAGGCCUGGGACGAAAUUGAUGAUGAUCACCUGUGCCACGGCAAUGGCAAUCGCCAACAGAAAUCUGCUCUAUACGAUAUCAACGUAAUCGCUCUUCCUAUUGCGGAGCCUUUAGUGAAGAUCGAUAAGGAGAACAACAAUACUGUUGAGCCGCAAACUCCAGUUAGCAACAGUUUGGUAGAAAAUAAUUCUCAUCACAUAAAUGAUGAGACUGAGAAGAACUUAGUAUCGCCAGCUAAUGAAAAUUCUUCUUCGCCUGCUAAGGAACCGAAACCGUCUCCAUUACGAGAAAAUGCACGAUCUCGAAGCAACUCAUCACUAAACACUUGUGUGGCGUGUCAAAGUAAAACUCCCAUCGUUCCUUUGCAGCCAAUAAAACGCGUAGUUGAAGAACGACCACCUGCAGAAAAGAAGCAAGACUCGGCGUUUGUACCGCCGAAUUGUCCACCUCCACGAAUAAGCCGAAUGGCCACUCUUAGUCCAGAGGAGCACGAACGACUUCAAACCGAAAAUGCGAAGAAAAUAGAAGCAGUCAAAAUGACCAUGGCGGAGGUUGUGCCAUCUUUGUCCAAAGGGAAACGAACAGGAAUUCUUGUAGAUUCAGGAGCACCGCCCAAGAAGAGAGGACGUCCAAAAGGGCGUAAUGGUUAUCUACGAAAGAAGUCACACACCGCAGCAGUCCGAUCCUGCACGGAUUUGACCGAUCGAGCCUCGGGACGUCAUUUUGCAUCCCCAAAGUCGCAACAUGUGCCAAAUACCUCGAAUGAAGAUGGUUCAUCCGCAAAACGAAGAAAAGAUGGUGGUCGUGAACGAGCAAGAAGCUGGGCAUCAACAGGAUCUGCUGAUUUCCGUAGUCGCAAAAGAAGAAGAGACUUAAGUGCCCAUUCAAGUAAUACAUCUGACGAUGGUGGCUGCGUUACACCACCCUUACGAAUCGUUGAAGAAACUGCUGCGGAAAUUGCGAAUUCACGUGAGAGCAGAAAUGCCAGCGACAGAUCGAGAGAAGCUCGACUGGAACGGGAAGCUGAUUCGUGGAUUCGAUACCUUAUCAAGGAGCUGACUUCACUUUUGCCAUCUAUGCAGGAUGAUCAAAAACUAAAAAUCGCAUGCACCCUGCAGAGGAUUAUCUGCGAACAAAGAGAUCUUCAGCACCUGAUAUCGAUGGUCACCUUGUUGGAAACAGAAGUCAAUGAACAAUUCCAACACAGCAGAGAUGAUGCCGAGCAAAUGCUUGAUGAGCACAGUGGAAAGUGCAAUCGAAAAAACAUGAGAAUAAACGAUUCAAUAAAUUCCUUACGCAAUGACGUGACCCGCCUUUUGGAUUUGUAUGGAUCACUUCAGCAGAUCGUCACGAAGCAUACGGACGAGAUGGAGACACUGAAGACAACAUUUAGAAAAUCUUGUAACUCAGUGAAACAGACUGGCGCAGAGCUGAAGGCUAAGCUUGAAAGCUUGAAAAAGGAUAAGGAAGCAAAUGGAACUAAGAGUGAUGAGCGCCAAUUCCAAAAUGAUAUGUGCAACUUACCUGCCUUAUUUCCCCCACCGCCACCGCCGCCCCCUACGGCAAGUGUAAACGAAAAGCGCAGCGACACCUCUUCGCCACUAUCUGGCAAUGCAAAUCCACUAAUCAGACAACGGCUACCUCCUAAUCGUACCCCAGAUAACCUCAGAGCAUUAGCAUCAGGAAGACAAGCACCUGCUAAUGGUAAUGGAGCGACGAACUCCAGAAAUGCACCGCCAUUUUCGCCGCCCUUUUAUGGAUCACUUCUGCCUCCACCGCAAAAAUUGAUGUACGACUAUUUUCAAUUACAACAUCUCCAGCAAAUGCAGAAUAUCGUUCCCCCUCCGCUAGCACCUUUCUUGCCAAAUGUCUUGAUGGAGAACAACCAACUGUCCUUGCCGUUCCAGCGUGUUUCAACCGAACAACACAAUGCUCGGGGUGAAAACUCCACCCAGCAGAGGUGUCAUAGUGGAGCCAAUGAGAAUUCCGAUUAUGGGAGCAAACUGCGAAGAUAGGCUGUAUAUAUUGGAACUGUAAAAUGAUUAUAGUGACAUACAUAUAAGUGUUGUUUUACUGUUCAUCUCUGAUAAGAAAUUAAUAGUCGUAGUCAUCUAAAUAGUAAUUCUGGUAAGAUGUGUAUGUGUUUGAUGUGGAAGCAAGUCCCAUUAGUAAUAGCGGUCUCGCAAACUCAAACUGUAUAGUAUUUGCUUUGUUUUUUUCGAAAAUGUGGUCCUACCCACUUGCAUACACACUACUUCUCUGUACAUACCACUGUGUUAUUUAACAUUAUAAACUUCGUUGUUGAGGUGUGUAAAAUUC